AUGUCGUUCAACUACCCAGCUCUCGCGACUCCGGCACGAUGCACUGCCGACUUCUCCCUGAUUCCGAUUGGAACCCAGAACGCUUCUUUCUCUCAGCAGAUCGCGGAUAUCCAGCGGUUGUUGACGGAGGCCAGUCAGCAGACAGGUCUGAAGUACCAGAUGAAUCCAACGGGAACAACAAUUGAGGGGUCGUGGGAUCAAGUUGUUCAGGUGAUCGGUUUCGCCCACACGUUGAUUCAUCAGGAAGGCGUCCCUAGGAUUCAGACGGAUAUUCGUAUCUCGACCAGGACGGACAAGGUUCAGCCGAUGGAGGGUAAUCUUGUAUCUGUGCAGAGAAUCCUGUCAGCUUGA